UAUGGCGACAUGGUACCAAAAACCAUAGCAGGGAAGAUUUUUGGUUCCAUCUGUUCGCUGAGCGGAGUCUUGGUCAUUGCUCUACCCGUCCCGGUGAUCGUAUCCAACUUCAGUCGGAUCUACCACCAGAAUCAACGGGCAGACAAACGAAGAGCACAGAAGAAAGCCAGACUGGCCAGGAUCCGGGCAGCCAAAAGCGGAAGUGCGAAUGCUUACAUGCAGAGCAAACGGAAUGGCUUACUCAGUAACCAACUGCAGUCCUCCGAGGAUGAGCAGGCCUUUGUUAGCAAAUCUGGCUCCAGCUUUGAAACCCAGCACCACCACCUGCUUCACUGCCUGGAAAAAACCACGAAUCACGAAUUUGUGGAUGAACAAGUCUUUGAAGAAAGCUGCAUGGAAGUUGCAACAGUUAAUCGUCCUUCAAGUCACAGUCCCUCUCUUUCUUCACAACAAGGAGUCACCAGCACUUGCUGUUCAAGACGACACAAGAAAACCUUCCGCAUUCCAAACGCCAACGUAUCUGGAAGCCACCGAGGGAGCGUUCAAGAACUCAGCACGAUUCAGAUUAGAUGUGUGGAGAGAACCCCACUAUCUAACAGCCGAUCCAGUUUAAAUGCCAAAAUGGAAGAGUGCGUUAAACUAAACUGUGAACAACCUUAUGUGACUACAGCAAUAAUAAGCAUCCCAACACCUCCAGUCACCACCCCAGAAGGAGAUGACAGGCCAGAGUCUCCCGAGUACUCAGGAGGCAAUAUCGUCAGAGUGUCUGCUCUGUAAGACAAUUGGAAUCAGGUUCAAGAGAAUUUGAGCACUGGCUGUGGAAACAGUCCCAAUGUGGAAGAAAGAAGAAAUAAUAAACACUCUGCAGAUUAAAAUGACAAAGCAAGGAGGUUGGUAAUGAAACAAACACAAAGCUUCCACACUUGUGGAUGGAAAUAAAACCACCAAAUGGCAUUUCUGGACAGUUUGACCUGUUAUACAGAGAAAUAAAAUAGUCUGUGGCCCUUUGACUUUGUGAAUGAGCACAAAUGAAAUGCCGCCUAUUGAUGCUUCUUAUGACCAGAACUCUUUUUUAAUAAAAUAAAUCUUUGAACAUAAUGUUCCAGUUGAAUGCAAAACAAAAAAUAUGGAAAACAUUUUGAUAAAAAUUUUUCCUGUUAAAACCAUGAACAUUGGCGAUGAUGAAGAUGAUUACACAUUAAAAAAACACAAACACACAACACAUUUGUAUUGACUGAAGGAAACCAUCAUAAUGCAUGCUAGAAUUCUUUGGAGCCGUUAUCUCAGUUUCCUUAUGUUGUCUUCAGAAUAGGCAUGAUAAACUAUACUAGUAGAAAGAGGGAAUUUCUGUGCACUUACAACAAGCUGAUUGUUCAUGUUCCAUGGUGGGCUGUGCAAAUAAACUCCUUUUAGAACUGCAGUAUUUCUCAUGGGGAUGCUCACUAGUACAUCUAAAGUGUUCAGAUAGUUCAGUAUGAAUCAUUGUUUUACCUUGCACCUAGAUACUGUUACAACUGCAAUAAUUAAUUGUACACUUGUUGUAUCAGGAAUCAGGAUAUUUUUGUUGUUGUAUUUCCAGAUCUUCAUAGAUACAUUAAGAGCCACAUUCCAUAGAAAAACUUCUGGUGUGGCCAGGUUUUAGAUAACCUUUUAAUCCAAAACCCUUGUGCCAUAAAUGUUUUUCUGUAAUAUUGUUUGGUCCACUGUAUUCCUGUGACAGUGAAUUAUUUGUUCCUGUAUUUCUAUAGCAUCUUUCUAUUGGGUUUAUCCUCAUCAACUAGACUAACAUUUUGUAGUUCAAAGGAAUUUCCUACUUUUGUAUUCCCCAACAAAUUAUCUUAUCAGCAGAUUACCAUCAUUCUCUAUCUGUUUGUCAAAAAUUAGGGGGAAAAAAGGAGUUGACAUCUGUGAAUUAUCUCUGACUUUUUGCUGUUAUGGAAAAGCCCAGAUACUGGAUAUAUCAUUGUAUGUUUCAUGAAACGAAUUAGCUGGGACUAAUAUCACAGAACCAGUGAUCCCAGAAUCUCACAUGAUGUAUUAUUUAUUUUGCUUUAGAUCUCAAAUACAUUUUGAGAAUAACUAAUGUGAAUUGAAGUGCGGAGAUAAACUGGAGUACUUUAUGUAGGAGUACUUUAUGUAGGAGUAUUUGAUGAAAGCACGCUUUCUAUGCCAUUGAGGAAGGCAGCACAGAUUUGUCUCAGAAAGUUUCCUGUUUAUUGCAAGGAGCAAUUUUUCUCCUCUAAAUCAGGAGGACAGGAUUUUGAUGAUGCAAAAUUGAUCUCUAUGUACAUUUAAGUGAAAAGUCUUGAUAUCUUUUCACCUUUAAAAUAUAUCAGCAGACAUGUCUGCACGUGACAAUGUAAAAAAGUUUUAUGUCCAAUGAAAAGUUUUGUUCAUUCCAAACCACCACUGUAAGGAAUAAAGUUUAGCUUCAAUACAUGGAAAGAGUAAAUAAUUAUCCCUCUACUAUAGAGAUUUUAAAAUGCUUAAUCAUAAUUUAUCAUGAAAAGGAAUUAAUCCAACCAUUUUCAAGUAAAGCCAGAAAUUCUUGCUUCCCAUUUCUAGACUAGCUUCUAGAACAAAGCUGUGCACACAGUAGAUUUAUAAACACUUGCUGAGUGAAAGUCAGAUAAACUCUACUAUCUCUAGGGAAAAACUGGCUUUAUACCUAGUAUGUCUUUUUUAAAAGUCACUAAUCUUCCUGAGUGUGAAUAUUAACAAUUAUAUUAACACCUGCCUCAUGUCACUUUAUGCUUCUAGAGCAAAUAUAUAGUGAAACUUCUUUGAUGGCAUUUGUUGAAAAACUUUUUAAAAAGUAGGUUAAACAAAACACAAUCAGGAAUACUUAGGUCUUUAUUCCCAAUAAAAAGUUCUAUUUUCAUGGUCUUAAUAUUACCUUUAAAAAUGCAGUUAGAUUAUUUCUGUUGACAAUUCUGCCUCCUUUUUCAAGUUAUCAUUUAUCCAAAACUAUUAAUUUCUUUAGACUUUUGGAAAAGAAAAAAACUUUUUGGUGUUUUAGGUGAUUUAAAAAUAUACUGUGUUGGUGGUGAAUGACUAUUGAUGACUGUGUUAAGUGCAUCUGUAUUGUAAGUGAAAUGUAAUUAUUUCUGUGUACCAUAUGGAGUAACCAAGGUCAUUGUUUUUGACAAUUUUGUUUGAAAUUCAUAUAUCUUAUUUCAAAGGAUAGCAUAAUAUCUGCAUUAUGCUGGAAAAAAAUAGACCUUUGGAGAAUACUCAAAUAAAACAUGUGCAUGCUCGAACAGGA